AUGAAUCUAUAUAUACUUUUUGUAAUUAUUCAAUUCUAUACACUAACAUAUCGUUCUAGAAACACUAAUAUUAGUAAUUUGGAGUCAUUUAUUGGGAUUAAAAUUAAAUGUGAUUAUCUGAACCCAAAUGAGAGAAUCAAUGAACUUUUAGAUAAAAUAGAAUAUUUGGAGGUUAACUCAAAGUUAUUGGAAAUGGAAUUAAGGCAAUUAGAACAAACGUUGGAAGGGCAACUCCUUGAAGAAGUAGUAGCUGACUUAUAUAGUGUACAUUUAAGCGAACAGAUUUCCACUAUUAAGGGAAAAAUGGUGGAGUGCAGUGGUAAAUUAGAAAAAUUGAGAAGUGAGUUAGAUUCUUUAUUAAUAGAACAAACUGGAGGUCAAGAACAAUCACAAAAUAGUCACCAUAGAAAUGAACCUGUAGAGCAUGAUGAGAACGAAGACUUUUUUGGUUAA